AUGGAAUGCGACCCCAGGUGGCAGGUCCAGAGCCGUCAGUGCAUUGAGGCCGUCAUCAAAUUCGCCUUCGAGGAGAGGCUCUUCCUCAUGGCUGACGAGGUGUACCAGGACAACGUGUAUGCUGAGGGUUCGGCCUUCCACUCCUUCAGGAAGGUGCUGACAGAGAUGGGGCCGCCCUACCUGGACUCGGUGGAACUCACCUCCUUCCACUCCAUCUCCAAAGGCUUCACGGGCGACCCGUCAUGGCUCGGGGUGGACAGUGUAGACCUCGACCUCACAGAGAGUGAACUGCUCCUCCCGGCCCAGGAUGGUGACGGUGACGGGUGCCCUAUUGCUACGCGCCUAUUGCUGCGCGCCACCCUCCGCUCGCCCUGCACCCCCCUGCGCCUGCUCUGCCGCGACUUCCACGCCGAGGAGCUCUCCGUCUCCACCGUCGUCUCCCUGCUGGACUCCCUGGAGCCUGCCGCCGUCUGCAGAGUUGUUUCACGCUUCAACAACCUGGGGCUGGCGGGGCUGUGCGCAGUGCUGCCUCACCUCAGCCGCUUCCCCGCGCUGCGCAGCCUCAAGCUGCCCUACAGCAACGUGGACGUGCGCGCACGGCCCCCGGGCACGGACGCCGGCAUCCGCUGCUUGGCCGCUCACCUCCGGGCCCUGCCUGCCCUCAAGGAACUCGAUUUGUACUCCUCCAGGCUUUCUGGGAGACUCAGGCAGCUCCUGGGCGAGCUGCAGACUCCCCUGGAGAGUCUGGCGCUGGCCUUCUGCUGCCUGCUCCCCUCCGACCUCAUCUUCCUGUCCUCGAGCCUCCACGCGCCCUCCCUGCUCCAGCUGGACCUGAGCGGCCACAACCUCACGUCCCCCAGCCUCCUGCAACCCUUGCGGACGCCGCUGGAAGCCGCUUCGUGCUCGCUGCUGCAGCUGGAGCUGCUGGAGUGUCAGCUGGGGGACGCGGAGCUGGAGCUGCUGCUGCCGGCGCUGCGCCGCUGCCGCCGCCUGCGCUGCCUCGGUCUCCUCGGCACCCCCCUGAGCGCGGCGGCGCUGGGCGGCCUGGCCCGGCCCUGCCCGGCCCUGCCCGACCUGCGCCUCGUGGGCUACUCGCAGCCGCCGCGGGGCUCCGGCCACCACACCCCCACGCAGGGGGAGGAGGGUUUCCCGGCGGAGCUGUGCCGGCUGCUGGCGAGCGCGGGUAGAGCAGACGCCGUGUGGGCGACCAGCCUCCAGCGCUACGGAGCCAUCGACUACUUCAGCUUGUAGCAUCCCCCCCCCAGGGAAGCUUCACCUCGGGGCGCUGUGCCGGGCUCUGGGCUGUGCCACUCGGUUAUGGUGAGUUCAUUAAAGCCAACCCCUCCUGGGAUGCUUGGCAGGAGGAAGUGGCAGAGCUCAGCGGAGGGGAUGGAGCUCUUCUGCUUUUAAUGGACCAAGGAGAGAGCUGGCUGCUGUUCUGGCACACAGGGCACUGACCAGAGAAUCAUUACAGAUGGAAAAGCCCUUUGAGCUGCUGGAGUCCAACCCUGACCCCACAGUGCCACAGGCACCACUGAGCCACGGCCCUCAAGCACCUCAGCCCCACGGCUCUGGGACCCCUCCAGGGCUGGGCACUCCCCCAGCUCCCUGGGCAGCCUGGCACAGGGGCUGACACCCCUCUCAGGGAAACAGUUCUGCCUCAGCUCCAGCCUCAACCUCCCCUGGGGCACCCUGAGCCCCUUUCCUCUUGGCCUGUAGCUUUUAACUUGGGAGCAGAGACCGACCCUCUCAGCCACAGCCAGGGAGUCAGAGUGAUCAGGUCUCCUCUGAGCCUCGUUCUCUGCAGACUGAACCUUUGCCUCAGGUACCCUCAUUUAGCCCAGAGCUUCCCAGUGCAUCUUCUCUCCCUGCAGCCCCUCAGUGUCCCUGUGGCAGUGAGUGAGGGGCCCAGCACUGAGCACAGCCCUGGAGCUGCAGCCUCCCCAGGGCCCAGCACAGGGGACAAUCCCUGCCCUGGGGCUGCUGCCACCCCACUGCUCAGCCCAGCCAGGCUGCCACUGGCCUUCUUGCCCCCUUGGGCACGCUGCUGGCUCCUUGCCCUCGGGCAACCUCAGCCCAUGGCCACAUCCCUCUGAAGAACUUCCCUUCCCUCUACACACCAGCCAACAUCACCACAGUGGCACCCACAGUGUGGCAGCAACACUGUCAGCGUGGCAGCACCCGUGGGGACACCCACACUGUGGCAGUAGCACCGUGUCACCCACCACAGCUGCACCAACCUCACCAUAGCAGCACCAACCUCUCCACAGCUGCACCCACACUGCUGCAGUGGCACCCAUCACCUCUAGGCUCAUUUCAAUUGCCAGAGACCUUUAAUAUCACAGUGGGGGGACCCACACACAACACCCACAUCCCUGGCACCGGCAACGCCCACCUCACCACAGCAUCAGCCACACGGUGUGGCUGAACACCAGCUCUGCCGCCUCCUCCUCCUCCUCGCCCGGGGCCAUGCAAUGCCCCUUCCCACCCCCUCCAAGCCUCACCCCCGCCCCGCGGCCCCGCCGCUCUCCGCCUCCCCCGCCCCUUCCCCUCCCCGCAGCAGCUCCACCAGCUCCGCCGUGAGCCGAUACCUCUUCCCCUCCCACCAAAAGUGAGUCGGGGGCUGCUCCGGCCCCUGCUCGUACUCCAAGCGGGACCCCCACUCCAGAGCCAGCGCCGAGCGCACCGGCCCCGCGCCCCCCGCCCGGCCCGGCGCCGGGUGGUACAAGCGCCCGUUCUCCGGCAGCAUCACCAGCGCCUCGGGCCGGAGCGGCACGGCCAGCCGCUCCCCGCCGCCGCAGAACGACAGCACGGCGCGGCGGGAGCAGGAGGAGGCUGAGGAGGAGGCGUCCGGGGGCAGGAGGCGGGUGAAGACGAUGGGUCUGUGCUCGCAGCGCAGGAGGUUGCGCUCCGCGCCGCAGCGGGACACGAACGGGAAUUCGCGCUCGUAGCGGCCGCUGCGGUUCCGCUCCAGCCGCGUGAAGAAGAACGUGAGGAAGGUCACGUCUGCCGGGAUGGACCCUCAUUAACCCGCGCCUCUCCUUAAUUAACAGCCCCCCCUUUUAAUUAAGCCGCAUCGCCGCUCGUGGUUAGCCCGCUGGGAACGGCCGCUGCGGGGCUGCGAAGGGAGGGUGAGGAAGAAGAGGAGGAGGAAGGCAACGUCUGCUGGGAUAAACCAUCAUUAACCCCUUCCCACAAUUAACUCUGUGUGCUCCUAAUUAACCUAACCCUCCUAAUUAACCUCCAGCCCCCCCUAACUAACCCCCAGUGUCCCCAUGAUUAACCCCCUUGGAACAACUGCGGUUCUAAGGGAGGGUGAGGAAGAAGAAAAUGAGGAGGAAGGCAACGUCUGCUGGGAUAAACCAUCAUUAACCCCUUCCCUGAAUUAACUCCCUGUGCUCCUAAUUAACCUCCAAUCCCCCUAAUUAACCUCCAACGCCCCUAACUAACCCCCAGUCCCCCCAUGGUUAACCCCCUCAAAACAACCACUGCGAUUCUAAGGGAGGGUGAGGAAGAAGAAGAUGAGAAAGGCAACGUCUGCUGGGAUAACCCCUUCCCACAAUUAACCCCCAGUGCUCUUAAUUAACCCCAACCCUCCUAAUUUAACCUCCAACCCUCCUAAUUAACCUCCAACCCUCAGUCCUCUCAUGAUUAAAGCUGCUCAGAACAACCACUGCUAAGGGAGUGAGGAAGAGGAAGGUGAUACCUGCCAGGAUGGACCCUAAGUAACCCCACUAAUUAACCCCUAAACCUCCUAAUUAACUCCCACCCUCCUAAUUAACCCCAACCCUCCUAACUAACCCCCAAUUCUCCAUAAUGAACCCUCCCAUAGAGGCUGCCGGGGUUCAGCUCCAGGUGAGUGAGGAAGGCAACGUUAAUUAACCUCACACCCUCGUUAAUUAACCCUCCCCUAAUUAACACCGGAGAAAGGGGGGUGUUCCUUAAUGGGAAAGCGAUUUGAAGGGGC